UUCUCACGACAAUCCCUUUCUUUUUCUUUUUUUUUUUUUCUUUUGAGGUAUCUAUAUAAUUUUCUCGAGUUUUUGUUAGUCAUGGAAGGCCAUCAUCAUCCUCAUCCUCAUCCCCAUCCCCAUCCCCAUCCGCAUCCCCUUCUUCAUCUCCAUCAACAGCAACAGAUUCAACAUCCGCCUCCUCCGCCACCGCAUCUCCACCAGAGCCUCGCCGUCGAUCAAGCUACCACCGCCACAGCCAUCGCCGAUAGAUUUCCUCAAUGGAGUAUUCAAGAAACAAAGGAGUUUUUGAUGAUCAGAGCGGAGUUGGAUCAAACCUUCAUGGAAACAAAACGAAACAAACUCUUGUGGGAAAUUACUGCCUCGAAAAUGAAGGAAAAGGGUUUUAAUCGCAGCGCUGAACAGUGUAAAUGUAAAUGGAAAAACCUCGUUACUCGUUACAAGGGUUGUGAAACAAUGGAGCCAGAAAUUUCAAGGCAGCAAUUUCCAUUCUACACAGAAUUACAAGCAAUAUUUGGAGCAAGAAGGGAAAGGUUAUUAUGGGCGGAGGCGGAGAGCGGCGGGAGCGGGUUAAAGAAGAAAAUGAUGGUAUUAUCGUCCGAUGACGAGGAUGAGAACGACGAUAGCGAUGGCGAUGGAGGUGAGACAAAAGUUAGCGGUAGGAAGAGGAAAAAGGUUAAAGGAACGACGAUGGGCGGGGCAGAGGGGAGCGGAAAGAGUAGUAUGAAUGAAUUAAAAGAAAUAUUGGAAGAUUUUAUGAAUCAACAAAUGCAAAUGGAAGUGCAGUGGAGAGAAGCAUUUGAGGCAAGAGAAAAAGAGAGACAAAUGAAAGAAAUGGAAUGGAGAAGAAAUAUGGAAGCUUUAGAACAUGAAAGGAUAAUGUUGGAAAGAAGAUGGAGAGAAAGAGAAGAACAAAGAAGAAUGAGAGAAGAAGUUAGGGCUGAGAAAAGAGAUGCCUUAAUCACAGCUUUGUUAAACAAGCUUAGAAGAGAUGAUCAUAUUUAAAUUAUUAGUAUUAAUAUUAAUUUUACUUCUCUCUCUUUCUUUCUCUUUUUAAAUCUUAUUCUUUUAUGCUUCUUCAAGAGAGCAGCUUUGGUUUUGGCCUCUCUAACCUAUUCUCAUAGUUUCAUAUAUUUUCAUAGUUCUUUUAUGAAAGUUUUUAUUGAUUUUAUUUCUAGCCCUCACCAA